AUGCAUCGAGUGUAAGCUAUCAGUACCGCCACGCUCUCUGAGACCUGAGACAAUCAGUUGGUUUUAGUUAUUAGAAAAAGUCAAAGCGUGUGAACACAUUGAGGGAGGAUGAGUAAAAUAAGUUGAUGACAGUUAAUUAGAAAUUUCUGAGAAAGUAUUGGCGUAAAUAUAUAUAUAGCGUCAGAAUAGUGUCGUGUCAUUCAUGCAGCACUCAGGUAAAAGUACGCGGAUUUUGAGUUUGUGUAUUAAAGCGCACUCUUUGGCCAAAACCGCUACCAGUUUAGCAUAUAUCGCGGAACUUUACAGUUUGUCGUCUGCUCAUAAACAAAUAGUUGCAUAAUUUGUAAAGAUAAAAAAGAAUUAUUAAUAAAAAAAAAGUACAACAUACAAAAAAAAAUUAAAAAUGGUUAUAAAGAAUCCCAAUAAUAUUGAUAUACCCGAAUAUUUGAAUGAAGAGUUUUUUGUGGCAGCUUUGGAAGAAGGUUUACGUGAAAUCAAGAUUGCAGUUCAUGAAAUCUCAUUCGAAUGGGCCACCAAGCCUGGUGAUAACUAUUGCUCGCGCAUUUAUCGUGUUUCGGUCGCUUAUGAGCGAUAUGUCGUGGAUCAAGAGCAGCCAGCGCGUGAGCAAAUAAGGCUCAUUGUCAAAACUAUUCCCAUAAACGAAGAUAUGAGAUUCCUUGCAGAUGUUGGCGUAUUUCUGAAAGAGAAGCAGACCUAUUUAGAUAUUUUGCCGCGCUUAGAAAUUCUUGUGGAUGGUCAGAAAUUUGGUGCUAAAUGCUUUUAUGCAGUUAAAGCCCCAAUACAAACAAUAGUUUUCAAUGAUUUGAAAGUGGAUGGCUUUACGGUCGCUUCCAGGCAGGACCAACUCGAUUGGGCGCACAGUGAAUUGAUCCUGCAAAACCUCGGGCAGCUCCAUGCCACUUCAAUGGUUCUGGCGAAGCGUGAUUCCGAAAUAACCAAACGCUUCACCCUCGGCAUGCUCUGUGAAGAGACAAUAAUUAAAAGUGACAAAUUUUUUAAUUUGUUCGGUAGCACGCUCAAGUCAUUGGCUAUCAACGCAGAGAAUUGGCCGGGUUUCGAAAAGAUUGCACAAAAGUUACAUUACUUGCAUGCGAAUUUUAAGCCCAUAUGUGCGCAUAUGGCAGAUCGUCGCGAUAACGAUCGCAUUAUUGUAAUGAAUCACGGUGAUAUGUGGACCACAAACUUCAUGUUCGCCUAUGAUGAUUCCAGACAACCGGAAAAACCAACGCGUUCGAUAUUUGUUGAUUUCCAGUUGAACUUUUACGGUAGUCCCGGUUGUGAUCUCAACUUCCUACUGAACACAAGUAUACGACUAAAUCUGAUUAAAGAUCGUCGCGAAGAUCUAAUAAAUGCUUACUAUAAAUCAUUGUCGGAGACAUUGGAGUUCCUUCAUUACGAUAAGAUACCAACGUUGGACGACCUCAAGUUUGAGUUGCGUGCUCGAGAACUUUACGGUCUGUUUGCACUAUUCGGAUUUCUGCCGAUCGUGACGAUGCCCACAGAAUGGUCAGAAGAAAAGGUUGCUGACUCUAUGACGGAUGAAGAGUUGCUGCAAAAGAAGUUUCAGAAAUUGUUCGCCCAAGAACGUCUGCAAGCACAACUAAAGUACUCGUUGAAACGAUUAGAAUACAUGGGUGUGCUGGAUGAGUUUUAUGUGAAAUCCAGUGAAAACGGCUGUGUUUAGGUAGAUAA